AUGGGCCACACCCACACCUCGCGCCCUGAUGCUCCCUCAGCUGGCACCCAACCACAGGUUCACGAGCAUGCGGCUCCUCAGCAGGCCAAGGUUGGCCGCGAGUUCCUGGAGAAACUCACCUCCCAGGGCAAGAAGAACAAGGAUCCGGCACCAGAGGCCGGUUCAAGCCAAGGCCCUCCCGCCAAACGCUCCCGGACGGAAGUUGUUGGAGGGAAAGAAGUAAGCAAGAAGCGCUACAAAGGGAAACAGAUGCCGGUCGCUUCCGGAAAGAAGAAGACUGCUGAUUCUUCCCCUUCCAAGUCCGUGCUGGACUCUUCCACGCCGGCAAGUUCUACUCCGGGUCAGGACGCACCCGACGCCCGCUCGCCGCCCAAGACUUCGCCCGCGCCUCCACCAGAAGCUCCCACCGCCGAGCCAACUGGGGCCACGCCGACGCCGCCGCCCAACCAAGGACCCACUGCGGCCGAGCCCGCGCCAUCUCCAAGCCAAGGGCCCGCUGCGGCCAAGCCGACGCCGCCGCCAGAAGGCACCAAGCCCCUCAAGCCGGAACCUUUCAAGGCGAAGGCCACGGCUUCCAGCACUCCUACGUCUGGCUCGCAGCACUUGGUGCUGCACGGCGGCCGCGCCGCUGCUGUGGCCGGAGAAGCGGUCUCUGGUCAGCUAGGCCAAAUCACGGAGCUGAAGCGCGGAGGCAACGAGCUGGGACAUUUGCUCGAAUACGCCGAGAAGUGGAAUCGAGCGGAUGUGUCCGCGGCUACGCGCGGCCUGGGGAAAGACCGGCUUCCGGCGAUUGACCCCGCUGGCCCCCGGUGUACUGAGCAGCACUUCAUGCGGCUGCGGCGCGCGGUCAAAGAGCUUGACAAUGCGUGGCACGAUGCCACCAACAACGUGGUGGUAACUAUCCCGGAAGCCUCCAUUGAGGCCCUCAAGGCCCAGCUCAGCACCCUUCAAGGUGAAAAGGAGCAGUUUAUCCGGGAGCAUCGCAAGGCUCUGGACGCCCAGGAGCUCAUUUCCAGGGGGUUGAAGGACCAGCUCAUCCAAUUUGGGCUCCGGCAUGAUCAGGAGAUGAAGGAUGCCAAAGCUGCAGCUGAGGCGAAGCUGAAUGAGGUCCUGGAGGAUUCUACCAACUCCACCGCGGUGCUGCGGUCAGAGCUGGAGAAGGGAGGCAAGGCGCGGAAAGCGGCCGAAGAUCAGGCCGCCCUCCUAGAGGCAGAGCAAAAGGAGUAUGACCAACUGGUCAUGCACACCGACGCGCUCGCCCUUAGGCUCUUUCCGGACUCACAGGUGCAUGCGCAGAAGAAGGUGACAGAGCGCCGGGUUCAGCAAGAGUUCAGGAACCCGGAUGCGCCCUGGGAUCCUUAUGACCACCUGGUCGCGCUUUCUGCCCGUGUCCAGCACAUGCGCGUGGUGGACUGGAAUCUCGCCGAUCUGCCCGACGUGGCGAUCCAGCUCUUCAAGGUGCUAUGGCCUGGGGAGGAGGUGCCGGCUAACCUGAUGCUCACCUCCGAAUGCCUGAAAGAUUUGGACCUGGAGGCCUUCCACACCUUGCGCCAAGAUGCUCCCACCGAUACGGAUCCAGUCCUCACCGCUAAGCGGAAGGACCGCGCCUACCGGAUAGCAGAGUACGCGGCGGUAUACGCGGAGGCUGAGACGGCCCUGGAAGACGAUGCCGAGUCGGCGAUCGUGGCGCCGACCGCCAACUCCACCGUUGCCUCGGCAGCCGCCGACUCCGCCGACGCCGUUCCAGCCGCCGACUCCGCCGACACCGCUCCAGCCGCCGACUCCGCCGACACCAUUCCGGCCAUCGACUCCGUCAUCGCCGCGAUCGACGCCGACUUCACCGACAUCAUCGCUAUAACGUCGGUUGCAGAAUCCACCGUUGCAUCCCCGACUGCCCGCUCCGUCGCCACAGCAUCAACCAAGGACUCUAUCUCCCUGAUAUCCCCAUCUCUCAUCCCGGCACAUACCGGCUUAGUCGCCGCGACAAGCGACUAG